AUGGCUACUGCAACUCGUCAGUUCGGUCGUCGAGGGGCGACUAAUACUUCAGCGACUGCAACAACUAAUGCAAAUGCAGGUGGCAUAGCACCAUCAUCAUCAGCAGGAUCUGUAAUGACUCCACCUCGUCGAUAUGUUUUGGAUGUACCUACAGGUCGUACCAAUCGUAUGAGACAAACACGAGUUACUGAUGAAUAUGACACAUAUAAUACACGAAGUCGAUCAGCAGGCGGUGUGACAUAUUCGGCGUUAGUCACAUCAGGUUAUGCGACUGAUGGCGGAGAAAGAUUGUCGCGUUCAGGUUCCAGGGAAUAUUAUUAUCGGGAUGGCAGUAGCGAUGUCGAAGAUGCAUCUAUUAGGCAGUUAAUGCAGUCAAAUGUGACAUAUACAAAUAGUGUUUUAGAAGAUCAAGAAGUUCAGUCUUUAACAGCACAAGCAACACCUGAUGUGAAAAAUUAUCCAAUCAAUGUUGAUGCAAAUCCUGAACUGAUUGUUCGACCAAAUACACAACGAUUGACUUAUACACAAGAUAUUGCCGUGCGAUAUCUAAAGCCAAGUACACCGCCACCUCCAGGACCAAUUAUUAUUCGAGAAAUUCGUGCACCACAACCACCACCUGCUCCACCAAUUAUUCUUCGCCAACGUCCCCCUCCACCUCGUACUCCUUCGCCAGUUAUUAUUCGUGAAAAACCGCCAGCACGUCCAAAAUCUGUUCCGACAACAGUUAUUAAAAAGGUUAUUCCUCCUCCACCACCUCCGCCACGUAAAUUAAUUAUUGAACGUUUGCCAAAACUACCACCCAAACCACGUCCAGUUAUCAUUGAACGUUGGCUUCCGUAUCACAAACAAAAACGUCAAGUGAUUCAUGAAAAAGCCAAACCACUUGAGGCACAGGCUCGAAUAAAGAACACAAUUAUUGAAUGGCGUCCGCCUGAAGUUGAAGUUGUGAAACAUGUGAAAAAACUUGGUGUUCACGAUGCUGAUCCGCACAGAUAUUACAGUCAGCACGGCGAUAAACUCUAUGCUACAGAAUUUGUUCAACGAAAAUUAACUGAAUUAGGUUUACAAGAAGAAUUAGCAUUGAUGCAAGAGCAGCAAGUGUCUGCAGCAAAAGAAGAAGUUGCUCUCGAACAAGCUGACGAAUACAGUGUUCGACAAAUCCUAAAUAAUAUUACAACAUCUUCUAGAAAUUCAGGUAUUCGUCUUCUUCGUUCCGCAUCUCAUGCAGCAGCUGUUGAUGAAUAUGGAGAACAGCGAGCUGUCUACAGUGGUUCACCAACCAAUUCCGGAGCCAUUUACGAUGGAAAUAGUUAUAAUUUCAAUGAAACUGUCUCACGAGGACCUGUUCUUACUGAAGAAGUCUUAUUACGAUCUCAUGCGAACAAUGAUGGGAAAUUUCCCACACAUCUUCUAACAAAACUUGGGUCCCAAGUUUACGAUAUGCCAUCUGAUCAAGUCGAUUUAUCUAAUAGUACUCGACGAACAACAACAACAACAACAACACGAUACUAUACAGCAAAUCCAGGCGAAAUUACUUAUGACUCCACUGUUGAUGAGACGGGUGAACCAACAUCAGGUUUAGCCGGCGAACAAUAUGUUCGGAUCAAAGCAUCGGAUUUGAAAGAUGUCUUAGCAAAUUAUGAUGUUUAUUCAAGCACAGGACAGAAAUUAGAGGGUGAACAAUUGAACUUUUAG